AGCAAUUAAGGUUGUGGUAGCGGUGUUCCUAUAUAAAUUGAGGUCACACGCACUGUACUUGGCAUGCAGUUGAAGGAAAUAUCUUGUUAUAUAUAUAAGCUUGGAACCUUCUUGGUUCUCUUGAGACGAUGGCAGCGAGGGUUGAACGGAAGCCACUUAAAGCGCCGAAGAAUUUGCUAGACGCAGUGUUCAUGUUAGCAGAUGCGAUGAAGCACGCUGAUCACAUGGAGGGUAAGAAAACAGUGGCAAGAGAAUGCGGUGAAAGAAGCGAUUGUGUACAACUGAAAGCCCCUGAAAUUCUACAGAUGUUACACGAGUUGAAGACAUUGCUGACACGGACCAUGCUUUUCACGACCAAAAAAGGGUUCGCUGCAUUCGACGAGGAGGAUGUGCUCCUAAGGAAGACAACAGCACGGAUUCUAAGGCCUGCUUUCAUAGUUAUACGUGAUGAAAAAUCAAAAAGUUUGAUUGUGUUCAUCCGAGGAACUCGUAGCCUGAGAGAUAUGUUGACAGAUGCACUGUGUGCUCCCCUCUCCUUCGAACACAUCAUUUACAGCCAUGGCAGUGAGCAAAGUGGGAACAAGAAGGUUUCAGGACAUGCACACCGUGGUAUGGUUGCUGCAGCUUUAUGGGUUAAAAAUCGUUGCAUUCCUGUACUUCUUGAUGCUCUUCAACUUCAUCCCGACUUCAAAAUCAAGAUUGUUGGACACCCGCUUGGUGGUGGUAUUGCUGCACUGUUGACAUAUAAGCUUAGAGAAAUACAGCAGUUCUCUUCAAGCACUUGCGUCACGUUUGGCCCAGGCAUGUAGUUAUUAUACAUCUAAAGUUUUAAUUUGUUCAAUUGAGUAACCAAUUUCUGUAUUAUAUAAUUUAAUCAUUAUAAGAGAAUAUGGAGAAGUGUGUUACGAAG